AUGGAACCAUUUUGCUCUCAGACAUCAGUUAAGACCAAUUACGGUCUUCCUAAGCCAAAGGCCUCAUACUUUCCAACAAACAAGGAUUCGCCGUUAUGCGUAAACAAAACGUUCUAUGACGGGAUAGCCAAGACUGCCGAAAAGGGCGAAAGGAAGCUUAUCGAGAAGUUUGUGAUCCCAAUUAGGUCGGCAAAGGCAUGGAAAGUUCCAAAGCGGUGCGUUUGCAGAAUUAUUGCAGUCGAGGGUCCCCAGGUUGGAGAUUUGGAUAUUUGGAACUUCAACAAUCCAAGAGAACACAUGUGGGCAGCCAGAACCAGACAGCUGCAAUCUGCUCAUGUGUCUGUGUACGAUAGAUUGUGGUCCAACUUGCCAUUUUUGAGGCCUCUGGUGACGAUUACAGGUGAUUCUCUUAAAAACAGAGGCCAGGAUGAGUGGGGUGGAAGAUGCCAUGAUUUGAUGGGAACAAGAUGCGAUCCAUAUGUUGAUAAGCUUCUCUCGGGAGAAGAUAAUGACUUCCAUUGCCACUCCAAUCUUACCCGGGCAGUGAUGCCAUACGGAUUGACUGAAUACGACAUUCACGAUGUUUUAAAUGUUUUCCAGUUGACAGGACUUACGGACAAAGAUCAAUACUUUAUGGAGCCUGCCCAGCCAAAAAGGUUUUUCGCAGAAACUGAUGUCCUCUGUGCUCUUUCAUGUUGCCCAGGUGGUGAUUUGUCACUUUGGGGUUGGGGUGAAGGUGAUGAAAAGUCAAAUGUUGACAUGACAAGUUGCUGCCGGCCCCUCGGUGUAGAGGUGUACGAGAUUACAAACGACGAUGUUUUCAAGGGCUGGAAGGAACCCCAGCCACCAAAUUAUAAAGGAAACCACGGACUCAAGACUCCUGUUUUCAAGAGAUAA